GGCCACGUGUGCGCCAAGGGGGAGCUGCAGAGGGGUUCGGCAUCGGGACCGGGACCCAGACUCGGGCAGAAAUCGAGAUCGCCAUCGAGCACGGGCCGUGUGGGCGGCUACUGGUGCCAAGGCCGACGGGAGCUCCCGUCACCCCUCAGGGGGCGGGAUCGGAAGCGCCCUUAUCGCGCGAAGUGUGCGCCCUUCGCGGGGCAUUGUGGAAGCGCGGCGGCUAAGAUGGCGGAGGCCUUUGGGGAUGAGCUCUUCAGCGUGUUCGAGGAGGACGCGGCCGCCGCUGCUUCUGGCGCCAAGAAGAGCAAAACGGCCCCCGCCGAGGGUGCCAGGAGGCCGGGGAAAAGAUUGGAAGAAAAACCUUCAGUACCAGCCGCAAUAGUCAAGCCAAAAAGGGAGGCUGAGAUUGAUAGUACUGAAAAUGUCAUUUUAGGGAAAAAACCGAAAUUUGAAGAUGUUUUAUCAGAUGAUUUUAAUCUGACAGAUCUGAUGCCUCAGGUAAAGGUGCAGUCUGUGGAAACUGUUGAAGGUUGUACGCAUGAGGUUGCGCUUCCAGCAAAUGAAGAAUUCACAGGUCUGAAGCCAAGAACUGGAAAAGCUGCAAAAGAGUAUCCAUUUAUUCUUGAUGCCUUCCAGAGAGAAGCUAUUCUUUGUGUAGAUAAUAACCAGUCUGUGUUGGUGUCAGCUCACACAUCAGCUGGUAAAACUGUUUGUGCUGAGUAUGCAAUUGCCCUGGCUUUGAGGGAAAAGCAGCGUGUGAUAUUUACAAGUCCAAUUAAAGCUUUGAGUAACCAGAAGUACCGUGAGAUGUAUGAAGAAUUUCAGGAUGUUGGUUUGAUGACUGGGGAUGUCACCAUUAAUCCUACAGCUUCUUGUUUGGUAAUGACAACUGAGAUCUUGAGAAGUAUGCUUUACAGAGGUUCUGAGGUUAUGCGUGAAGUCGCAUGGGUUAUUUUUGAUGAAAUUCACUACAUGAGAGAUACAGAACGUGGUGUGGUUUGGGAAGAGACUAUUAUUUUGCUUCCUGAUAAUGUACAUUAUGUGUUCCUUUCUGCAACUAUUCCAAAUGCCCGUCAGUUUGCUGAAUGGAUCUGCCAUCUUCACAAACAGCCUUGCCAUGUGAUUUACACUGACUAUCGACCUACUCCACUGCAGCAUUAUAUAUUUCCAGCAGGAGGAGAUGGACUCCAUCUGGUUGUUGAUGAAAAUGGAGAUUUCAGAGAAGAUAAUUUUAAUACAGCAAUGCAAGUGCUUAGAGAUGCAGGAGACUUAGCAAAAGGGGAUCAGAAAGGAAGGAAAGGAGGAACAAAAGGUCCUUCAAAUGUUUUUAAGAUUGUGAAGAUGAUCAUGGAAAGGAAUUUCCAACCUGUGAUUAUUUUCAGCUUCAGUAAGAAAGACUGUGAAGCCUAUGCACUUCAGAUGACAAAGUUAGAUUUCAAUACAGAUGAAGAAAAAAAAAUGGUUGAAGAAGUCUUCAAUAAUGCAAUUGAUUGUCUCUCAGAUGAAGACAAAAAGCUUCCUCAGGUUGAACAUGUGCUUCCCCUUCUGAAGCGAGGAAUUGGUAUUCAUCAUGGUGGUUUGCUUCCUAUAUUAAAAGAAACCAUAGAAAUCCUUUUCUCAGAGGGCCUAAUAAAGGCCUUAUUUGCAACAGAGACUUUUGCUAUGGGAAUUAAUAUGCCAGCCAGAACUGUGCUGUUUACAAGUGCCAGUAAAUUUGAUGGAAAAGAUUUCCGAUGGAUAUCCUCAGGUGAAUACAUUCAAAUGUCAGGUCGCGCAGGACGCCGAGGUAUGGAUGACAGAGGAAUAGUAAUUCUUAUGGUGGAUGAAAAAAUGAGUCCAACCAUUGGCAAGCAGCUUUUGAAGGGUUCAGCUGAUCCCUUAAACAGUGCUUUCCACCUGACAUACAACAUGGUAUUAAACUUACUUCGAGUGGAGGAAAUUAACCCUGAAUACAUGUUAGAAAAAUCAUUUUAUCAGUUCCAGCAUUACAGAACUAUUCCAGAAAUAGUGGAAAGAGUCAAUAAUUUGGAAGCACAGUACAACAAAAUUGUAAUUCCCAAUGAAGAAAAUGUGGUGAUAUACUACAGAAUCCGCCAGCAGCUUGCAAAACUGGGUAAAGAUAUUGAAGAGUAUAUUCACAAACCAAAGUACUGCUUGCCCUUUCUACAGCCAGGAAGACUAGUAAAGGUGAAGAAUGAAGGUGAUGACUACGGAUGGGGAGUGGUUGUUAAUUUCUCUAAGAAAUCAAAUGUUAAGCCAAAUUCCGGUGAAUUGGACCCAUUGUAUGUAGUCGAAGUGCUCCUGCGCUGCAGCAAAGACAGUUUGAAAAAUUCUGCUACUGAGUCUGCAAAGCCAGCCAGACCUGAUGAGAGAGGAGAGAUGCAGGUUGUUCCUGUUUUGGUGCAUCUUGUCUCAGCUAUCAGCAGUAUCCGCCUCUACAUACCAAAAGACCUGAGGCCUAUUGAUAACAGGCAAAGUGUGUUAAAAUCUGUACUGGAGGUACAGAGACGUUUUCCUGAUGGAGUACCCUUACUAGAUCCUAUUGAUGACAUGGGCAUCAAGGACCAAGGGUUGAAAAAAGUGAUCCAAAAAAUAGAGGCAUUUGAGCAUAGGAUGUAUUCACAUCCUCUUCACAACGAUCCAAACUUGGAAACCAUAUACAAACUUUGUGAAAAAAAAGCACAGAUUGCUAUGGAUAUUAAAGUAGCAAAGCGAGAAUUGAAGAAAGCCAGAACUGUCCUGCAAAUGGAUGAACUCAAAUGCCGCAAGCGUGUUUUGAGAAGACUGGGGUUUGCCACGUCUUCAGAUGUUAUUGAGAUGAAAGGACGGGUUGCUUGUGAAAUCAGCAGUGCUGAUGAACUACUCCUGACGGAAAUGAUGUUCAAUGGUCUCUUCAAUGAUUUGUCUGCAGAGCAGGCAACUGCACUACUCAGCUGUUUCGUGUUUCAAGAGAAUUCCAGUGAAAUGCCAAAACUGACUGAACAGUUGGCAGGACCACUUCGGCAAAUGCAGGAGUGUGCAAAAAGAAUCGCCAAAGUGUCAGCAGAAGCAAAACUGGAAACUGAUGAAGAAAAUUACUUGAAUUCUUUCAGACCCAACCUAAUGGAUGUUGUGUAUACAUGGGCAAAUGGAGCUAACUUUGCUCACAUCUGCAAAAUGACAGAUGUCUUUGAAGGUAGCAUAAUUCGUUGCAUGAGGCGGCUAGAAGAACUGCUUCGGCAGAUGUGCCAGGCUGCAAAAGCCAUUGGGAACACAGAACUGGAAAAUAAGUUUGCAGAGGGGAUUACAAAAAUCAAGAGAGAUAUUGUGUUUGCUGCAAGCCUUUACCUGUAACAGCAGAUGUCUUCCAGAAACUAUACUGACAUGAUGGAACAAAUUCAUCAGUGUCACAUGUGGCUUCCAUAUCAAGUAAUUCCUUUUAAUGGUGUUUUAAACCACAGUUGAUUCAACAAGGCAUGUACAAACAGCAGUGUAUGUAAUAUAACUUGUUACAGUUUUCAAUAAAAAUUUACAAUUAUAA